CCGCCUCCUGCGGCUUCCAACUCACAGAGUUGCGUCCUGAGCUCCUCGUCUGGCUGGGUAGACAGCGGCCCGCUGCCCUACGACUCCAGCUGCUCCUGCCGGCCCGAACCCCCUGCGGCUUCUUGAGGGCGCGAGUGGCACUGGCUCUGCUGGCCGAUGGGACAUAAGGGAUGAGACUGAAGCAGUGUGCCAAAGGUGAAGACCUUCCCAGAAAUUCCAACUGCAAGGCUUGCAUGACCGGUGGAACAUUCUUCUCUCAAUACGGAGACAGAUCUCCCUGUGUUGCCCAGACUGGAGUACAGUGGAAUGAUCACAGCUUACUGCAGCCUCGACUUCCUGGGCUCAAGCGAUCCUCCCACCUUGGGCUCUGGAGUAGCUGGGACCACAGGUUCAAGCAAUUUUCCUGCCUCAGCCGCCUGAGUAGCUGGGAUCACAGGCGUGUGCCACCACACCCAGAAGGACGUGUUUGCUUCCCCUUCCACCAUGAUUGUAUGUUUCCUGAACCCUUUGCAGCCCUGCAGAACUGUGGCCUUGAGAAGUAUCUAGGAAACAGCGGCCCAGAAGAAACGGAUUAUGUGAAACAGAGAAGGUAGAUCAGAGAGAUCACUAAAGCUGUUAGUCAUGGCUACCCACAGACUGUCUUUCAUCUGAAGAGUUCAAAAAGGCUUUUCUAACCCGGGACUGACUUCUAGAUGGAAAAAAUACAUCGCUGUGAGAAAACCG